CGGCCAUUUCAUCACUUAACUCACGAUUGAACCAGCCAGAUUUACACCUGCGACCACCUAUAAAAAUGCCCGAGGCUGAACAGCAGAACGAUGCCAGUGCACCGGCCGGAGCAGGAGGUGAUCCUCCGAAGACUGCCAAGCAGUUGGAGAAGGAGCGCCUAAAGGCGGAAAAGCUGGCCAAGCUGCAGGCAAAGCUGGACAAGAAGGCAGCGGCUGCUCCAGCAGCGGGUGAAAAGAAGGAGAAGCCAGAGAAGCGCACCAAGGAGGUGAAAGAGGCUGCCGUCUACACGGCAAAAACAGCGCCCGGGGAGAAGAAGGACCUUAGUGGACCGCUGCCUGAUGCCUACAGUCCACGAUACGUGGAGGCCCAGUGGUACAGCUGGUGGGAGAAGGAGGGCUUCUUCACGCCCGAGUACGGACGCGAGUCGAUUGAUGCCCCCAACCCGAAUGGCAAGUUUGUGAUGAUUAUUCCCCCGCCAAAUGUGACGGGAUCCCUGCAUUUGGGUCACGCCCUGACCAACUCUAUUGAGGACGCAAUCACGCGGUACCACCGCAUGAAGGGACGCACCACCCUGUGGGUGCCUGGCUGUGAUCACGCUGGCAUCGCCACCCAGGUUGUGGUGGAGAAGCUGCUGUGGCGAGACGAGAAGCUCUCGCGGCACGAUCUUGGCCGAGAGAAGUUUAUCGAGCGCAUCUGGGACUGGCGUCGUGAGAAGGGCGGCCGCAUCUACGAUCAGCUCAAGAGUCUGGGCUCCUCCUACGAUUGGUCGCGAGUGGCCUUUACCAUGGAUCCUAAACUCUGCCGCGCUGUGACCGAAGCAUUUGUCCGCCUGCACGAGGAGGGCAGCAUCUACCGCAGCUCCCGGCUGGUCAACUGGUCUUGCACUCUGCGCUCGGCCAUUUCGGACAUUGAAGUGGACAAGGUGGAGAUCCCCGGUCGCACAUUCCUCUCAAUUCCCGGCUACGAUGACAAGGUGGAGUUCGGUGUGCUGAUCAAGUUCGCAUACAAAGUUGAGGGUAGUGAUGAGGAGAUCGUUGUGGCCACCACCCGUAUCGAGACGAUGCUGGGCGACACAGCUGUGGCCGUGCAUCCCCAAGAUGAGCGCUACAAGCAUCUGCACGGCAAGUUCGUCGUCCAUCCGUUCUCCACGCGACGCCUGCCGAUCGUGUGUGACGAGUUCGUGGACAUGGCUUUUGGUACGGGAGCCGUGAAGAUUACCCCGGCCCACGAUCCUAACGAUUAUGAGGUUGGCAAGCGCUGUAACCUGCCCUUCAUCACGAUCUUCAACGACGAUGGCUUCAUAAUCGGCGACUACGGCGAGUUCACGGGAAUGAAACGAUUCGAUUGCCGCAAGAAGAUUUUGGAGAAGCUGAAGGCGCUGAAUCUUUACCGCGAGACUCUGAACAAUCCGAUGGUGGUGCCCAUUUGCAGUCGCUCCAAGGACGUUGUGGAACCGCUAAUCAAGCCUCAGUGGUAUGUAAGCUGCUCGGACAUGGCCGCCUCCGCCACAGAAGCUGUUCGCUCAGGUGAACUGAAGAUAAUACCGGAGCACCACACAAAGACGUGGUACCACUGGAUGGAUGGUAUUCGUGAUUGGUGCGUGUCGAGGCAGUUGUGGUGGGGCCACCGGAUUCCCGCUUACCAUGUCAGCUUCAGCGACCCUUCAAUUCAAACCGGAUCGAACGAUGACGAGCAAUACUGGAUUGUGGCACGCACCGAGGAGGAGGCUCUUAGCAAGGCAGCGGAACGAUUCGGAGUGGAUGCCAGUAAAAUUGUACUUAAGCAAGACGAGGAUGUCCUGGACACGUGGUUUAGCUCGGGCAUCUUUCCCUUUUCCGUGUUUGGCUGGCCAGACAAAACCAAGGACCUGGAGACCUUCUAUCCCACAUCGCUGCUGGAGACCGGUCAUGACAUUCUCUUCUUCUGGGUGGCUCGCAUGGUAUUCUUUGGCCAGAAAUUGCUGGGCAAGCUGCCGUUCAAAGAGGUAUACCUCCACCCAAUGGUCAGGGAUGCGCAUGGUCGCAAAAUGUCCAAGUCUCUGGGCAAUGUUAUCGAUCCGAUGGACGUCAUUUGCGGCAUCACGCUGGAGGGACUCAACGCUCAACUUGUGGGCUCCAACCUGGAUCCACGCGAAAUCGAAAAAGCGAAGGCUGGACAAAAGCAGGACUACCCGCAGGGUAUUCCAGAGUGCGGAUCUGAUGCCCUCCGAUUCGCCCUGUGUGCCUACAUCACGCAGGCGCGCGACAUCAACCUGGACAUUAACCGCGUCCAAGGAUAUCGCUUCUUCUGCAACAAACUCUGGAACGCCACCAAGUUUGCCCUGCUGUACUUCACCGGCUCCGAGAAGUUUGACACGGAACUCAAUGCGUCGGAAGUGAUCAACCAGAUGGACGCCUGGAUAUUGUCGCGAUUGGCUUCUGCCAUCGAGGCAUGCAACAAUGGUUUCGAGACGUAUGACUUUGCUGCCGCCACCAGCGCUUGCUACGCAUUCUGGCUGUACGACUUGUGCGACGUUUAUCUGGAGUGUUUGAAGCCGGUCUUCCAAAGCGGAACUGAGGAGCAGCAGGCCGCCGCUAGGCGCACACUUUACGUUUGCCUGGACUUUGGCCUGCGUCUGCUUUCUCCGUUUAUGCCUUUCAUCACGGAGGAACUCUACCAGCGGCUGCCGAGGGCCAAACCCGCGCCCAGCAUUUGCGUGGCCAGCUAUCCCAGCAAUAUCUCCUGGCGUAGCACGAAAAUAGAGGCAGACGUGGAGUUUGUACAAAAGGCUGCACGCAUCAUUCGCUCCGCUCGAUCCGACUACAAUCUGCCCAACAAGGUCAAGACCGAGGUGUAUAUUGUGUGCACGGACGCGGCGCCACGUGAAAUACUCAAACGCUACGCCAGCGAUCUGGCCACCAUAUCCUAUUGCUCCAAGGUGGAGUUCGACAGCCCAGCACCGCCCGGUUGCGCCAUCCUCACAGUGACCGGCCAAUGCGAGGUGCAUCUGCUGCUCAAGGGACUCGUGGAGGCCGACAAAGAGAUCGCCAAGCUGCAGAAGAAGAGCGACCAACUGGUGCAGACGGUGGGCAAGCUGACUCAGGCCAUCCAGGCCGCCGACUAUGCCACCAAGGUUCCCGCCGAGGUGCAGGAGGCCAACGAGACGAAGCUCACCGAGUCGCGGGCAGAGAUCGAGCGCAUUGCUGCCGCCAUCGAGACACUGAAACUGAUGUGAACAGGGAAAUGGUAGCCGCCAGUCGGUGACACUAGUAAUUGAUAUUCGAGCACGCUUGCCUCGCUGGCUGCUGGGCUUAAUGCUUAAGAAAAAAUAUACAUACACAUGCGCUUCACUCGCAAAAAACAAUUAAUGCAUUUUGAACAGAUUAGAUCGAUCAAUCAAUGAUUUUUUGUUUAUUUAUUACGUCCCACACUUUAAAUUUUGCCGGUAUAAAUAAAUAGAAAAUAAUAUACGCUAAAA